AUUUUUUCCCAUUUUCCCUUUUCCUCUUAAUUGUGAUGGAAACUAGGACUACACACAUAGAUAUAGUCGUUGUUAGCUUAUGUUCCCCCCUCUCUUUGUGUCUGUGACAAUGGAAAGUGGACUUCCCAUGCUUAACUGUCUCUUACAGCACACACUAAGAAGCCUGUGUUCAUGUUCAGAUUCUUCCAAUUCUUCAAAGUGGGUUUACGCCGUUUUCUGGAGGAUACUUCCUCGGAAUUACCCUCCACCUAAGUGGGAAUAUGGAGGGAGUGCUCUUGAUCGCUCCAAAGGAAACAAGAGGAACUGGAUUCUAGUGUGGGAAGAUGGAUUUUGCGAUUUCUGUGAAUGUGAACGAACUGGGAGUGGUUACAUAAAGGGGAGGUUUGGAGCUGAUGUCUUCUUCAAAAUGUCUCAUGAGGUGUACAGUUUUGGAGAAGGAUUAGUGGGGAAAGUUGCAGCAGAUAAUAGUCACAAAUGGGUGUUUAGCGACGCUGCUAGUGAUGGUGAUCCUAGCUUGAUCUCCUCAUGGAAUUUAUCCAUUGAACCUCAACCAAGAGCAUGGGAAUUUCAGUUCAAUUCAGGCAUUCAGACUAUUGCUAUCAUUUCCGUUAGAGAAGGCAUAGUUCAACUGGGCUCAUUUGAAAAGAUUGGUGAAGAUCUCAAUCUGGUGAUAAGCAUACAGAGGAAGUUCAGCUAUCUCCAAAGCAUUCCAGGAGUGUUUGCCAUUCAAAGGCCAUACCUUCCAAUUCAACAUCCAUACGUGCUCAAACCAAGCCAAGAAACAUCAUUCUCAUUCUAUGACAAGCGCCAAUUAACCGGAAUGAAGAGACUUUUCGAAGAAAAACCCGAAGAUUCUCCAAUUAAGUCUAUCAACUUGGGCUGGAACACGCCACAAAAUGGCAUUGCAGGACCACCCAUUUGGUCAAUUCCACCUCUUUUGCCCACCAUGUCUUGUAGCCUAGGAGCACUGCUAGCAAAACUACCUACUGUGAUGCCAUCUUAUAAUGCCAUUGAAGCUCCAGACAGUGCAACUCUGCUCAACAACAACAACAUCAAUAGCGCAAACCAGAGAGUUCAGUUUGACAAUGGUGGAAUUCAGAUUACUGAUAUAAAGCAAGAAGAAAAAUCAAUUUCCAUAAACCAUAAUUUACAGUUAGGAAAUGGGUUGGUGAGGGAGUUGGGAUCUAGAUCUCUAAGAGAUGGAGAAAGUGCAUUAAAUCUCAUUUAAUUAGCAUAACCAAGUUGCUUUUAUUGCCAUGACCAAGAGGUGGUUUUGGCAAUACUUAGCUUAAUUUGGUUGGCUGGUUGAUAUUGUGCACCAUUGUACCUUAUUGUUUUUAAAGCAUUAGUGUUAUAUAUGUAA